AUGGCAGAAGAAAAAAGUGACAGUCCAAGUGACAAGCCGGAGCAGACAGAGGCUGCUGAGGAAAAGAAACUGAAGCCUGAUGACAAGAUUAAUCAAAAAUCUAAGCAGGAUGAAGCAACGGAGAAGGCCAGCGUAUCAAGUAACAACAAUGAAAGUGGCAAUUGUUAUUGCGGCAAGGAUAGAAAUCUGAACAUUGUGGAAUUGCUUUGCGCUAGCUGCUCUCGCUGGUUCCACGAGUCCUGCAUAGGAUAUCAAUUGGGUAAAUUGGUACCGUUCAUGAUGAAUUAUAUAUUUGUGUGUAAGAACUGUUCGCCAACUGGAUUGGAAAGCUUUAAGAAGAACCAAGCACCGUUUCCUCAGAUGUGCGUGACAGCAAUCGCGAACCUGCUGCAGAUGUGCCAAAAGGAGAAUGAGCUGAAGACUCUUUUCCACAAGGAUAAGGACAUCAUACCGUUCAUCGAUUGUCAUUGGGAGAGCAUGACCACAAUGCCUCGCAGAGCCACUCAAUCCUGGCAUUCUACGAUUCACAGAGCACUGAUCAAAGACAUUGGGACGUUGUUUACGAUGGACGAGAGUACGCUUGAGGGUCAGCUGUUUGGAUUGGCUAGCACUGAACUUACGUCAAUUAAACCGAAUUACGAAGCAAUGAUCAAGAAUGGUCACCUCCGAGCGACAGAGAUGGGCAUUCAGCACGUCGUACCGCUUAGCGGAGGCUUGCGAGGUCGUAACGCCAAGCGGAAGCUCCCAGGCGAAGCUACAGGCACGGGUUCCGGGAAGAAGGGCAGAGGAUCCGACAUGACCGCCCCGAAGCUGCCGGCUCAUGGUUAUCCACUCGAGCAUCCCUUCAACAAGGACGGCUACAGAUACAUCUUGGCAGAGCCGGAUCCUCAUGCUCCUUUCCGACAGGAAUUCGACGAAAGUAGCGAUUGGGCUGGUAAACCUAUACCCGGAUGGCUCUAUCGUGCUCUUAGCCCGAGUACGGUCUUGCUGGCGUUGCACGAUCGUGCGCCGCAGCUCAAAGUGUCUGAGGACAGAUUGGCGGUCACUGGAGAAAAGGGAUAUUGUAUGAUCAGAGCCACGCACAACGUAAGUAGGGGUGCUUGGUACUGGGAAGCUACGAUUGAAGAGAUGCCGGAGGGGUCCGCGACGAGACUCGGAUGGGGACAGGAAUAUGCAAACUUGCAAGCUCCGCUUGGCUACGACAAGUUUGGUUACUCAUGGAGAUCCAGAAAAGGAACACGGUUUCACGAAAGUCGCGGCAAGCAUUAUAAUGACAGUUACGGCGAGGGUGAUACCUUGGGCUUCCUCAUAAUUCUUCCGGACACACAUGAUGCAUCGCACAUUCCGAAUACUUAUAAAGACAGACCUUUAGUAAAGUUCAAGAGCCACUUAUAUUACGAGGAGAAGGACCAAGUGCAGGAAGCCCUGAAAGCUCUGCGACCUUUAGAGGGCAGCAAAAUUGUAUUUUACAAAAACGGAAUCAACCAAGGUGAUGCCUUCAUCGAUAUCAACAAGGGCGCUUAUUAUCCAGGGAUAUCACUUUAUAAAAGUGCGAUGGUGUCCGUGAAUUUUGGGCCGAAUUUUAAACAUUCUCCGAUGGACGUUACAUUUAGAGGUAUGCAUGAGAAGGCGGAGGAAGCGAUAGCCGAGCAGUCAAUGGCGGACAUACUUUAUCUUACCGAAAACGAGGGAAAAUUAAGACUGGAUACAUUCGUAUUAUGACAUUAGUGCAUCUUUUUAU